GUGGCACUGAGCAACUGCUAGAUCCUUGGACUUCCUCCAUUCACAGCAGCUUCUGACAUUGUUGGGAACUGGACUGCAGACUUUUAUCCUGGUUUCUGGUCUGAUGAGACUACUCAGGUCUAGACUCUGGAGAGAUCUGGAUCAUUCACAUUCCUGUGUGAGCUGGGAUAAUCGUUUCGACAGCAGAGCAGCAGACACGGAAAGGGAGUCCAGAGGCAGUGUCUACCAUGCUUAGUCUGCUUUACACUCCUUAGUGGAAGGCUGGCUGAUUUUGUUGCUUGAUCUUGUGAAGUUAAUCAUAACUGCAGUGAGUUCACGAGUCCAUCAGCCAUACCAUGUCCAAAAGACAGCAUGUCACAGACCUCUCCAUCCACAUCUGACAGUUUUCAGGUUUACAUCAUCCUGCUCAAAAUCACUGGGCACAGCCCAGAAUUCUCUAGUCCUUGCACUAACCCUGAAGGAACCAGCUCCACCUUGCUGUUUGACUUGUUCUUCCCUGUGAGUCACAUGAUCCUCGGUCACCUUAGAUUCCAAGAAUAGCAGCUGUGAUAAAAAGGUUUUUGUACCAGGAUAAUAUCAACUUCAUAGAAUGAAUUUGGCAAUGGAUCUUCACUUUCUACAUCAUGGAACAAGUUCUUCAGGGUGGCUUUCCCGAGUCACAAACAGCCGGGCAGGGAAGGGAGAUCAGCAGGCUCAGCCCUGAAAGGUGCAGCACACAAAAUUGAGAGUAAAACUUGGAGAGAGACUUGUUUAAAGAAAGCAGCAAUGGACCUGAUCCCGAACUUUUCCAUGGAAACCUGGAUGCUCCUGGCUACCAGCCUGGUCCUUCUCUACUUAUAUGGAACUCAUUCACAUGGAAUUUUUAAAAAGUUGGGAAUUCCUGGGCCAAAACCUCUGCCUUUCUUGGGGACGAUUCUUGCUUACCAGAAGGGAUUCUGGGAAUGUGACAUACAAUGUCAUAAAAAAUAUGGGAAAAUAUGGGGGUUGUAUGACGGUCGACAGCCUGUGCUGGCUAUCACAGAUCCAGACAUAAUCAAAACAGUGCUGGUGAAGGAAUGUUACUCUACCUUCACAAACCGGCGGAGCUUUGGUCCAGUGGGGAUUUUGAAAAAGGCCAUCUCUAUCUCUGAGAAUGAAGAAUGGAAGAGAAUCCGAGCCCUGCUGUCUCCAACCUUCACAAGUGGGAAGCUCAAGGAGAUGUUCCCCAUCAUUAACCAGUUUACAGAUGUGUUGGUGAGAAACAUGAGGCAGGGAUUAGGAGAAGGAAAGCCCACAAGCGUGAAAGACAUCUUUGGGGCCUACAGCAUGGAUGUGAUCACAGCCACCUCAUUUGGAGUGAAUAUUGAUUCCCUCAACAACCCACAGGAUCCUUUUGUGGAAAAAAUCAAGAAGCUCUUAAAAUUUGAUAUCUUUGACCCACUGUUCCUCUCAGUGACACUCUUUCCAUUCCUUACCCCAGUGUUUGAUGCACUAAAUGUCUCCUUGUUCCCAAGAGAUGUCAUAAGCUUUUUUAAAACUUCAGUAGAACGAAUGAAAGAGAAUCGCAUGAAACAGAAAGAAAAGCAAAGAGUGGAUUUUCUUCAGCUGAUGAUAAACUCCCAGAAUUACAAAACCAAAGAAUCGCAUAAAGCAUUAUCCGAUGUGGAGAUUGUGGCUCAGUCAGUUAUCUUUAUUUUUGCUGGCUAUGAGACCACAAGCAGUGCUCUUUCCUUUGCACUGUAUUUGCUGGCCAUUCACCCUGAUGUACAGAAGAAACUUCAGGAUGAAAUCGAUGCAGCUCUGCCCAAUAAGGCACCUGCCACCUAUGAUACCCUGCUACAGAUGGAGUAUCUAGACAUGGUGGUGAAUGAAACUCUCAGAUUAUAUCCAAUCGCUGGAAGGCUUGAGAGGGUCUGUAAGACAGACGUUGAAAUCAAUGGCGUAUUCAUUCCCAAAGGGACUGUGGUGAUUAUCCCAACCUUUGCUCUCCACAAAGACCCGAAGUACUGGCCAGAGCCUGAGGAAUUCCGCCCUGAAAGGUUCAGCAAGAAGAAUCAGGACAGCAUCAAUCCUUACACGUACCUGCCCUUUGGGAGUGGACCAAGGAACUGCAUUGGCAUGAGGUUUGCUCUCAUAAACGUGAAAGUUGCUCUUGUCAGAGUCCUGCAGAACUUCACUGUCCAGCCUUGUAAGGAAACUGAGAUCCCUUUAAAAUUAAGCAAACAAGGACUUCUUCAACCAGAAAACCCACUCCUUCUAAAAGUUGUGUCCAGAGAUGAGACUGUAAGUGGAGUUUGAUGUAUAAUGGUCUGUUAUGAUGUUGCAGCCUGUGGACCAGAAACCAAUUCAUAUUGUGAAUGGAUCCAGAGAUAAAGAUUGCAAUCAUUUUGUGCACUCCUGAAGGAUUCUGGGUGUUCUUUGAACUUGCUCAGUCUCUGUGAAAGUUAUCUUCUGUUGAACAUAAGGAUGUAAUGACACAAAUCCAAGAUAAAGAUAUCCAACUCCCUGGUUCUUGUGGGGCUGCCUAUGUUCGCUUCAUGGUUACUACUAAAUACCCAGAUUUCUGAUGAGAAAAUAAACACCAAUUACUAGUUUUAUUUCUGAAAA